UAGAUCUAGAGCUAAUGCGUAAAGUUGUGAUUUGUGACCUUCAUACUGAAUUCCAAGAAGCAUUACCCAUACCAAUGAUGAAUUACUCACUGUGGAUCUCAGUUAUUGUCAUGAGCCUGGUUUGGGCUGUUGGAGGACAAUUGAGUGGAGAUGUGAGGCUGAUAGAUACGUCCGGUUUAACAGGAGGCAGAGGAGUUGGUAGACUGGAGGUCUACUAUAGUGGACAAUGGGGGACAGUGUGUCAGGAUGGAUUUGGUCCAGCUGGUGCACUUGUUGCUUGUCGUCAGCUUGGUUUCCUAGGUUAUGUAGUAUAUGGAAUCAUACGGAAUUCUGGUGACCUAGCAGCGUCAGAAUCCACUCCAACAUGGUUGGACAACCUUCGCUGCAAUGGUUCUGAAAGCAGACUGGAUGAAUGCCCACAAAAUCCUACCGGAGUUCAUAAUUGUGACCGUUCUGAUGAUGUGGCAUUAGUGUGUGCAAUAAAUGGAGUUUUGAGACUAGUGAAUCCUGCUACCACUUGGGUAGCCUCCUCUGGUAGACUGGAGUUCUUUAAUAUUGAUCAGUGGGAGACAGUGUGUGAUGACAGCUUUGGUCCAAAUGAUGCAAGAGUGGCUUGUCGUCAGCUAGGGUACACAGACUAUACCAAGUAUGGAAGAGUAGAAACAUUAGGUUUCUCCCAGCCUUCAAAUUCCACCCGGACAUGGCUGAAUGAGCUUCAUUGCUUAGGAACUGAGAGAAUACUUAUGGAUUGUCCCGCUAACACUAUCGGAGUUGAAGAUUGUACCCACACCCAAGAUGUGGUCUUGGUCUGUACUGCAAAUGGAGACCUGAGGCUGGUAGGCAACUCAGGCCAAACAGGAGGCUCUUCUGGCAGACUGGAGGUCUAUAAUAAUGAACAAUGGGGGGCAGUGUGUGACGAUCGCUUCAGUCCAAAUGAUGCAAGAGUGGCUUGUCGUCAACUAGGGUUCUUAACCUACACUCGAUAUGGAACAGUUGGAACGCUAGGUUUCAAUGAAAUUUCAUCAGACUCUCCAACAUGGCUGGACGAGCUUCUUUGUUUAGGAACUAAGAGCAGACUCGUUAAUUGUCCAGCUAACACUAUUGGAGUUGAAGAUUGCACCCACACACAAGACGUGGCCUUGAUCUGUACUGCAAAUGGAGACCUGAGGCUGGUAGGCAGCUCAGGCCAAACAGGAGGCUCCUCUGGCAGACUGGAGGUAUAUUACAAUGGACAAUGGGGGGCAGUGUGUGAUGACAGAUUCGGUAUAAAUGAUGCAAGGGUGGCUUGUCGUCAACUAUAGGGUUCUCAACCUAUACUCGAUACGGAACAGUUGGAACACUAGGUUUCAAUGAAAUCUUAUCGGACUCUCCAACAUGGUUGGACGAGCUUCGUUGCUCAGGAACUGAGAGCAGACUCAUUAAUUGUCCUGCUAACACUAUCGGAGUUGAAGAUUGCACCCACACACAAGAUGUGGCCUUAAUGUGCAGUUCUACAGUACCUACUCUCUCGUCAUCCAACAUCAUACCAAUCAUCAGCAUUGGUGUAACUGUUCCUAUCGUCGUCAUUAUCAUCAUAAUUGUGAUUAUCAUCUUGUUCUGUAUUUGCAUAAGAAGAAGACAUCGCCUGGCUCACCUUCCACCCAGGACUCCUGUAGUCAAUAAUGCUACGCCGAAAGCUGCAAAUAUACAAAAUACAGCCUAUCCCAUGCAAUCCAUGGACCAAAAUCUCCAAUUAAUACAUGAAUCAGGCCCCCCCCUCAAGAUAUGUAUGCACCUCAACCAGUUGCCCCCUACCCAACUAGACAAUAUGCUGAUCCCUCGUACCCGUACCCUCACACUGAAUCCUACCCCUCUGGACCACAGCCCCCUGCCCUGUACCCUGCUCAGUACUUGGCUGGCGGAGAAGCCCCUCCAGCAUAUCUGAACUAAGAGUGGGUACCGCGCCCACCAAGUAGUAUAUUCACUGACAGUAUUGAACUUUAGGCUGACAUAUUAACAACUAUAAAUGUAGCAUAGAUUUAAUCCUCCUCAUUAAUUUCAAUUGAUAGUUAUCUUUAGGAUAAGCCCUCACGUAUACACCCAAUGCAUGCUACAUGCUAAUAACACUUGGCUGGCUAUAUAUAGAUAUACAUUGAUGUAUAUAA